AUGUAUUAAAGAGCAUCCAUCUCACAUUGCUAAUUGUGUAAAAUGUAAGCAAUUAAACCUAUCUCCUUAAUUUGCUCUCAUACACUUUGUUUUAAAUGUGCAUAAAAUAUAUCUAUUCAAGAAAAUACAAGGUAAGAGAAAAUUUGAAUUUGUAUUUUAGUUAAAUAUAGAAUAAGUUUAGAAUUUAAUGUCCUUUAUGUCGUAGGAUCACUCAUACAUAUGACAUUAAUAAUCUAUUAAUGGAAAAUAAUGAACUCAAUCUCAUUACAGACUCUAGUGAAAUGGACAAAGAAAUUUUAAAUGAGGUAUAUACUCAUUUAACUAUAGAGUUAAUUAUAAAAUGAUUCAUAAAAUGGUAGAAGAUUUUCUAAUUUUGAAAUUCCUAACAAAAUUCAAAACACUGCUCAAUAAAAAAUGUCAGAAUUAUUAACAUAAACUAAUAAUGCAAUGAAAUUAAUAAAUGAAAAACCUAAAUAAAAUAAUAACACUGUAGGUCAUAUUCAUAAAUAAUCCAACACCACUGCUAUUGUUCUUGAAGAAAGUAAAAAUAUAUUUUGAAUUAUUAGAUCGAUCCAAAGUUUAACUAAAUUAACAACCUUAUGGACCUUAAUUCUAGUCUUAGAUCUAAAAAACCUUAAUCUAAUAUUAAUAAUAAUAAUAAGAACUUUAAUAGUAAACUUCAUUAAAUAAUAAAGAUCUCUUAAAACCUAAUAAUAAUACUCCUAAUGCUAGUCCUUAUUCUACUCCACUUGCAUCUUAAUUUCACAUUAACUUUUAAAAUACUGAUAAUAAAAAAUAACCUCAGAAUACUCUCCAAUUUUAAUAAUAAAAAGAUAAACCUUUUUAUUUAGAUGAUAAAAAGCAUACUCAAGAAAUCAAAGAAAAUUUUUUUCAAAAAGAAAUAUAAAAAGAAAUUACUGAACCCUCUCGACAUAAAAGAAGUGCUACUGGAGUACCAAAUAAAUAAUUAACUAAUAAUAAUAUAUCAAUUAUUAAUAAUACCAAUAACAAUAGUAAUAAUAAUAAUAAUGAAACUUCAGAAUAAAUAAUUACAUAAUAUUUUUCAAUUAUACAAAAAGGUUUAUAAAAAUUAGAAAAAGAUACUUUAAUGAUUAUUAAAAAUAAAAAUAUUCAUCCCUAAGCUCUAUAUCAAAAAAUGAAAUAAUUAAAUCAAACAAAAGAUCAAGAUGGAGAAUUAAUUUAAUCUAUCAAAAUAGUUAUUAAACUAUAAACUGAAUUAAAUGGAUUAUCAACACCUUCAUGUCAUAGAAAAACUAGUUCUCAUGCAAGUCAUAGAUAUUCUAAUAAUACUACUAAUACAAAAAGUGAUCAUAGUUCUACUUCGAUUUUGCAGUAAGAAUUUAAAAACUUAAAGAAAUUGUUUUGA